AUGAGUUUCGUGGGUUUUAGUCGGGACACGGAGGAGGAUUACCAAACGCCGCGGUGGACGAUUGGUCGGCAAUCGUCGAUGGCGCCGGAUAAGAAUCCGGAGCCGUCGAUUCACUCGGAGGAAGAGGUUUUAGAGGAUGGAGAAGAGAUCGACGGUGGUGUGAGACUUAUGUAUUUGUCAAAUGAAGGUGACAUUGAAGGGAUUAAGGAGCUUCUUGAUUCCGGGAUCGAUGCCAAUUACAGAGACAUUGAUGAUCGGACUGCUCUCCACGUGGCGGCUUGUCAGGGAUUGAAAGAUGUCGUCGAGCUCCUCCUUGAUCGGAAAGCCGAAGUUGAUCCUAAGGAUCGUUGGGGAAGCACUCCUUUUGCAGACGCGAUAUUUUACAAGAACGUUGAUGUAAUCAAGAUUCUUGAGACUCAUGGAGCUAAACAUCCGAUGGCUCCAAUGCAUGUGAAGACUGCUCGUGAAGUCCCUGAAUAUGAAAUCAAUCCUAAUGAGCUUGAUUUCACUCAAAGCAAAGAGAUAACAAAGGGAACUUAUUGUAUGGCAAUGUGGCGUGGUAUUCAAGUUGCGGUGAAAAAGCUCGAUGAUAAAGUUUUGAGCGAUGAUGAUCAAGUGAGGAAAUUCCACGAUGAGCUUGCGUUGCUCCAAAGGCUAAGGCAUCCAAACAUUGUGCAGUUUCUUGGUGCUGUAACACAGAGUAAUCCAAUGAUGAUUGUGACUGAAUAUUUGCCCAGGGGAGAUUUGCGUGAAUUGCUCAAGAGGAAAGGACAACUAAAACCAGCUACUGCUGUUAGAUAUGCACUUGAUAUUGCAAGGGGGAUGAGUUAUCUUCAUGAGAUCAAAGGAGAUCCUAUAAUCCACCGUGAUCUUGAACCUUCGAACAUAUUGAGGGAUGAUUCAGGGCAUCUGAAAGUUGCAGACUUUGGAGUAAGCAAGCUUGUUACUGUUAAAGAAGACAAGCCUUUCAAAUGUGCAGACAUUUCUUGUAGAUAUAUUGCUCCUGAGGUUUUCACCAGUGAAGAAUACGAUACAAAGGCUGAUGUUUUCUCGUUUGCGUUGAUUGUUCAAGAGAUGAUUGAAGGACGAAUGCCAUUUGCUGAAAAGGAAGACAGUGAAGCUUCAGAAGCUUAUGCUUCCAAAGAGCGGCCUUCUUUCAAAGCUCCAUCAAAGCAAUACCCUCAUGGACUUAAAUCGUUGAUAGAAGAAUGCUGGCAUGAGAAACCUGCAAAGCGACCAACUUUCAGAGAGAUCAUCAAACGGCUUGAGUCCAUUCUUCACCACAUGGGUCACAAGCGACAAUGGAGGAUGAGGCCAUUGACAUGCUUUCAGAAUUUCGAGCACAAGAAGAAACAUAAUUGGGAUUUGAGCAGCCAUGACGGCUCAUCAUCCGGUUCACAUUUGUAA